CAGGUCGGUGAUAAGGUUGAGUAUCGCCCUGUUGGCGGAGCCGAGGACAAUGUCUCCCACAGCACGGGUGAGAUCGUAGAUAUAGUAGAGGCGGAUGGACAGUCGGCAUAUGGUAAUGUCGUUAUGCCUUACUCACAUUCGCGUCCUGCUCAGGAGACCCGCUAUGCGAUCAAGAAUGACAACACCGGCAAGACUACCAACUAUCUCGUAGGUAAUUUGCUA